CUUCCGAGGGUUUUACAAUGCGGACCAUUUCUUAAAGCGCAUUUUGUAGGCGCUGACUUAUUAAAGAGCGACGGUCGAAACGUGUGUAAAAAUAUACUACUAAUAUAGCUAUUACUCUUGCUUAUAAAAACAGAAAACACUCAAGGAGAAAGAGAUUGAGGCCAUCACAUUUAUUCCCACACUUCACUGGAAUUAAAUUGAAGGCUUCGUGACAAGAACCUUCGAUAUCAGAAGUUAUUGAGCAACCAACUUCAUCAUAAACAUACAAGCCAAAACAUCAUAAAUUAAUAACUUGGAUGAUGGAACCCGCUCAGUCAGAGAUGAACAUUUUAUCCAACGGGAAAAGUCAUGACCUUGGAGGGGACAUGGUUGUGCCAAUGAAGAUGAUGCAAGAAGAGGAUGUAAAUGGCACUCAAACAGUCAGAUUUGAUGAUCCUGAUGGAGCGCUGGAGAAUGAGGAGUUUUUGCCAAGUGGAGAUGGAAAAAAACAUAUACAGUUCACAGAUUUUGAAGGAAAGACCUCUUUUGGCAUGUCUGUCUUCAACCUGGGUAAUGCUAUUAUGGGCAGUGGAAUCUUGGGAUUGGCAUAUGCCAUGGCAAACACUGGCAUACUUCUUUUCUUGUUCCUUCUGACUGCAGUAGCAGCUUUGUCAUCUUACUCCAUUCAUCUGCUGCUCAAAUCCUCAGGCAUUGUGGGAAUUCGAGCUUAUGAACUACUUGGAUACAGGGCUUUUGGCACCCCUGGAAAAAUGGCUGCUGGCAUAGCAAUCACUCUGCAGAAUAUUGGAGCUAUGUCCAGCUACCUGUACAUUGUGAAAUCUGAGUUACCGCUGGUAAUCCAAGCUUUCCUGAAGGCAGAUCCCAGCUCUGAUCUGUGGUACUUGAAUGGAAACUACCUGGUCAUCAUGGUCUCUGCCAGUAUCAUCUUGCCCCUGGCUCUGAUGAAACAGCUUGGUUACCUCGGCUAUACCAGUGGAUUUUCCCUCAGCUGUAUGGUGUUUUUUCUCUCUGCGGUUAUCUAUAAGAAGUUUCAGAUUCCCUGCCCAUUUGAAGAGUUCUCAGCCAACAGUACAGCUAUGCACCCCAGCCUGAAUGUUUCAAGUCAUGGCCACGAGUACAGCAAUGGUCUGGUUGACGAGGACGACUGCUAUCCACGCUUGUUCAAAAUCAACUCACAGACAGCAUACACGAUCCCCAUCCUGGCUUUCGCCUUUGUUUGCCACCCUGAGGUCCUCCCCAUCUACACCGAGCUCCGCAAUCCAACGCAGAAGAAGAUGCAGAAGGUGUCCAACAUCUCAAUCUUAGUCAUGUACACCAUGUAUUUUCUGGCAGCUCUCUUUGGUUACCUGACAUUUUUGGGCAAUGUGGAGCCUGAACUGCUGCACACUUACAGCCGGAUUGAUCCUUAUGACACUCUGAUCCUGUGUGUGAGAGUGGCCGUCCUCACAGCUGUGACACUGACCGUCCCCAUCGUGUUGUUCCCUGUACGUAGAGCCAUCCAGCAUAUGUUGUUCCCCACUAAGUCUUUCAACUGGUUGCGUCACAUUGGCAUUGCUAUAGUUCUGCUUACCCUGAUCAACAUGCUGGUGAUAUUUGCUCCCAACAUCCUGGGCAUCUUCGGCAUCAUUGGUGCCACGUCGGCUCCCUGCCUCAUUUUCAUCUUCCCUGCUGUCUUUUACAUCCGCAUCGUUCCCAAAGAAGAUGAACCCAUGAAUUCUGCCCCGAAAAUAGUGGCUGUCUGUUUUGCUGCUUUGGGGGUCUCCUUCAUGGUGAUGAGUCUGAGCUUCAUCAUCAUCGACUGGACCUCAGGGGGCGGCCUUGCUGCUGGAGGCCACUAGAUGCUGCCUCGGUGUGUGUGAACUCCAGGCAGGGGGAAAAAUAACUGGUCAAUGUAAAGGGAGCUCUGUCUGAACACACUAACAGUGUGUUGGUUGGAAUCACACUGCUCAUGUUAAAUGAACUUUUUGACUGUAACUUAACACAUAUCUGAACAAAAUCCUCGCUUAAUGAUGUUGUAUAAUUCAAUUUAACCUAGUGCAAUGGUGAUACACAUUUUAUAAGUAAUCAGGUCUAUACAGGGUAUAUUUUUAUUACCAUCUGUUAUUGCGACUUUAAUUUCCUCUUUAUUUACACACAAACAACUGCAGCUGGUACUGUAUAGAAAAAGAAGGCAUGAGUGUCUGUCUUCAGAACAUGCAUGAAAAAUAACUCUUCACAGAUAUAAACUAUUCUCAUCGAGACGCACAAAAAUAUAAUAGAAUCAGACAAUCUCAUCCUGAACCAGCUGCACUCUGAACUGUUUAUCAUUAUAAAACCAAACAAAAAAGGGCUUUAAGGCUUUAGAGUGCAGGUGACACUUCACACAUGAUCUGUUGAGUUGUUACGGUGUGCCACACAAAGCUUUUGUUCCAGAUAAACUCCCUUCAGAAACCCUGGUGCCUUUUAGUGUUUGGAACAGUACAUAAACACGGAGCAAAAACAGGAGUAUAUAUUUAUUUAGCUACUAUAUCUUUGUUUUUUUAAUUCGAAAUAGACUAUAUUUAACAACUGUAUAUGAGAAAGACAAUAAUCCAAAUAUAUCACAAUAUAGUUUUUUUGUUUGAGCUUACAGUAUAUAAAUAAUGGAAAUAUUUACGAUUGAAGAUAUUUUAAAUGUUUUAUAAAAUGCAAAGAGCUUGCUCUUAGGAUCAUAUACCUCCUUCAUAGAACUUUUAACACACAUGCCAAACUUUGACCUUAAAUAUAAACUCAGUACAGCUACAGACAGUUCAUUACCCCCUUAAAAUGUUUGUUCCCCCUUUAAAAAUCUCAUUUAGAUUUUAGAGAUUCACAUAUUAAAUGAUUACAUACCAUUUUAUUUACCUUGUGGUUUUUUAACAAUUCUUUGAACUUUCGUGACACAUCCAGUGAACAUCGAAAUUCAAAUGAAAGGAAUAUUUUGGGAUAUUUCGUUAUUGAAUUUCUUCGAGAGUAGAAGGGAUGGGAAAAUGAAAACCACUCUUACAUAUGUGUGCAACAGAUACCCAUAAUCAGGUGAUGGUUUUCUUAGCUUAACAAGGGGGAAAACAUCCUGGUUCUGUCCUGGGGUCAAAAGCCUAGCAGCACCUCUAAAGUUCACUGUCAAAGACUUAAUAUCAGGAAGUCAAUUACCUCUAGUGAAACAUCCAGUUAUGCAGAGCAGGUUUUUGACUAAGGGCAGGAGCAUGUGGGCCCCAAAGCAAUGUAAACAUCGCAUAACAUAUGCAAAUGAAAAACUCAACUAUCUUGAUGAGUCACAAAUAAGGGUCAUUUAGAGUCAUAAUUUUUAAAGAUAAUUAAAGUGAACCCAACCAAGCUAAAUGGGUUUCAACAAUUCCUGGCCACACAACAUGAAUUUGUAAAGAUGAACCCACUGGUGGGUCUGGAAGAUUUUAACAAGCUAAUUUGUAUUAAUUUGAAGAUGUGUUAUGCUUCUGUGAUUCCUUCGUAACUUUGUUGCCUUACUGGUUUUUAGUACAUUGAUCUGCUUUCACGCUUGUUGACUGUUUAGACUUGCGGUUAAUGUUUCGUGUGUUGUCCAUCCUGUAGAUGGUUUAGUGAACACAGGGAUGUUCAUUCUGACACUUUCAUACAUAGAUGUUAUUGUGAUUCUGUACAUUUGGCAUCUUAAAGUGAAGUGUACUGUGGGGACAUCCUGUGAUCUAGUUGUUAGAUUGUUAUAUUAGUAUUAUGAAGCCCUUUUAAAACUUUUACAUUAAACAAUGUUUUAAACAUUAAUGUUCUUGUCAGUUCAGACAUUGAAUUUUAAGUUUGAUUUGAGGGACGUGGAUGGAUAAUUUAGGUGAAUUUUGCUUCUCACAAAAGCACUACAACUUGCAUAUAAAUUAAUGUUUUGCAGAUUACAGGAGAUUUUGGUUACAAAGAAAGCACAAAUGUGUUUGAUAACAGCAUAAAAGGUUUAAACCUUGAAAAAUAAAUGUUUUAACAAAUAUUUGCUGCUCUUACCCCAAAGAUCUUAUAUUUUAUCACAGCUCUAAGGCUUCAGAAAAGUCCUGUGUAAGUCAUCACUUCUCUCAUUUUAUUUAUGAAUAUAAUAUUUGCAGUUUUCUUUUUUACAGAUAAAUUAUUUACCACAGCCGAGGAAAUAUGAACCCACCAAACCCUGUCCCUUGUUUUUUCACAAGUAUUUGCUGUGGUUGUUGUGGGUUAAUUGAAGGUUAAGUUUUGUCAUGGUUAGUUGGUAUUUUCUUCACUUUCAGUGAUCUUGCCAAAUAACAACUGACUACCUACUGCAUUAAAAUGCCUUUAACUUUCAAACAGAUAUCACUGUUUCAAUACCAAACACAGUAUUUCAUAUAUGCAUUCAUCAUGUACUUAAAAAAACAAUGUGGUAUUUUAUUAUAGCUGUUGUUUCAGACACACAUUUUUUGGAAAUGACACUAUGAUAAAAUGAUCAUUAGAUAAAUGAAUUUUGGUGAAUAAAACGCGGCUUUAUAUAAAUAAUGUAUAUAAAUGUAAACUUUUAUAUCGUGAUGCAUAUUUACAGUAGCUUGUAAAGUGUAAAUAGCAGGGACAGUUUUAGUUUGGCAAUAAAAUAAUUGUAGAUGUUUUUA